ACGUUGUUAUCGUGCAGCACGUGCAAAGUAGUUAUUAGGUUGUGAAGAGAGAGAUUUACUGUAACAAUCAUGGCAGAGAAAAAAACGGAGGUUGAUUUGACUGGAGCCAAAAAAAACGCCGGUGUAUGGCUAGUUAAGGUUCCCAAAUACCUUUCACAACAAUGGGCCAAGGCAUCGGGGAAGGGAGAGGUCGGAAAGCUAAACAUUGGAAAGAGGCAAGGAAAAUCAGAGGUCUCCUUCACUCUGAGUGAAGAUCUGACAUCCCCCUCAGGCCUGGGAGAGAAAGCUGAGUCGCUGCAUGUCCCCAGGGACCAUCCUUUCACCAUGCAGACAGUGGGGGGACAGACCCUGGCUGUGUACUCUGAGAGCUCAAUAGAUAAGAUAUGUCUGGAGGGAAUGGUGGUUCAGAGAGCAGAGUGCAGACCUGUUGUCAACGAAAACUACAUGAAGCUAAAGAAGAUGCAGAUUGCAGAGUCCUCCAAGCCGGUUCGUCUGUCCCAGAAGCUGGACAAGGCUGUUACCAACAACUUUAAACCUGUGUCUAACCACUUAACCAAUUUGGACUAUGAGAAGAAGAAGAAGUCUGAGGGGCGGAUGGUGAGAGCGGAGAGACAGCAGGUGAUGGACAUGCUCUUCUCUGCGUUUGAGAAACACCAGUAUUACAACAUCAAAGAUCUGGUGGAUAUUACCAAGCAACCUGUGACAUACCUGAAGGAGAUCCUGAGAGAGAUUGGGGUUUACAAUACCAAGAGUACACACAAGAGCACCUGGGAGCUGAAGCCAGAGUACCGGCACUACAAGGUAGAGGAGGAAGAGGUGGAGAUGAAGAGCGACUAGCCCAGGAGGGACCACUUUGUUUGGGGCCAUCAUUGACCUCCAGGCUCCUGGCCAGUGUAGAGUUUGAAAGAUUGUUCUUGAGUUCUAUUUCAAAUCUGAAAAAUACCAUUCUUUUUGGUGUUUAUAUGGCAUUGUAUCGUAAGUCAGCACUUUGGACUGUCCUAUACAUAUUGAUUCUGCCGACUACAUGCAUGGCAUUGUUUUUUUACUUAUUUACAAGAGUUGUUGUAGGCAACUCAGGAAAUUGCAUGUACUGUGUGGUUUUGUACUUCAAAUAACUUUUACUUUGGGCAGACUUAAGUAUUUACUUGAAUAUAAAGAAAAUAAAAGCACAACAGUACUUUAAUUCAAUGUUAGUUUUAUUUUCACACUGAAAUCAAGAAAUCCAAAGCUAUCCUGCGAUCAUGUUAUAUUUGCUUCUGGGUCAAUGAAGUGAAUUGCUAACAGCGGUUCUCAACUGAUCUAGCCCCAUAUUUUGUCCUUCGUCAUUAAGUCACAACCACAACUAUUAUUUUUUGGAACCAUUGUCAUUUAUUUCACAAAACAAUAGUGCAGUAUUUCAAUGUCUGGCGUGAUGAUAGACAAAGCCACUCAGUUUGUGUUCAAUGUCCAUUCUGUUCCUGUAUUUAGUCUUUAGCUGGAACAGAGCUGAAAAGCCACUAACAAAGAUAGGUUGUGUUAUAUGGUAUGCAGAUUUUGAUUGCAUCGUUGGAGGGAUACUCGGUCAUCUCAACACCAAGACAGGCUUCCCUCUGUCAAUUUCUUUUUCAGCGUAAUUUAGCGAACGAUGGUCAUAUGGGUCAGGACACACCAGUUGAGAACCAGUGAUCUUACAGAACUUAAAACCAAGCUAAUGGAGGCCUGAGAGAAUUCACUAUUUGAUAAUCCAGCCAUUUCACUGUAAACGUUGGAGAGAGAAAUGUGCAGAACAGAAAGGCAGUGACUACUUAUUCUGCAUGGCAGAGUAUCAUGUUUGUUCUAUUCAAUGUUUCUAUCUGAACCAUCCUUUGCUUUGGCCUUGACCUGAACACUGCAAAAGUCCAAUUCUAUCCAAUACCAUAAUCAAUCAUUUAAUCAGUAAUACAGACAGUGGGUUUAAUAAGUCAGCGCUGACAUGAAGGACCAAUUAAAUAAGUAAUUGAAAAUAAA